AUGAGAUACCUUUGGACCAACACCUCGAGUACAUCCAGCUUCACACUAACAGGCUUCCCAGAGUUGGAGGGGCUAGAGCACUGGCUGGCUGCCCUCUUCUUGCUGCUUUAUGCUAUCUCCAUUUUAGGCAACAUGUUAAUUCUCUUCAUUGUAAAGGAGGAGCAGAGCUUGCACCAGCCAAUGUACUACUUUUUAUCUCUUUUGUCUGUCAAUGACCUGGGUGUGUCCUUUUCUACACUGCCCACUGUGCUGGCUGCUAUGUAUUUUCACAUACCAGAGACAGCUUUUGAGGCCUGCCUGGCCCAGAUGUUCUUCAUCCACUUCUUUUCCUGGACAGAGUCUGGAAUCCUUCUGGCCAUGAGUUUUGACCGCUAUGUGGCCAUCUGUAAUCCCUUGCGCUAUUCCACCAUGCUCACUGAUGCUCGUGUGGCCCACAUAGGUACAUCCAUCAUCAUCCGCAGUUUCUGCAUGGUCUUCCCACUUCCCUUCCUCCUGAAGAGGUUGCCCUUUUGUAAGGCCAAUGUGCUGACCCAUUCUUACUGCCUACAUCCAGACCUGAUCCGCUUACCCUGUGGAGAUACUACCAUCAACAGCAUGUACGGCUUGUUCAUUGUCAUAUCUGCCUUUGGUGUAGAUUCAGUGCUCAUCUUUCUCUCCUACAUAUUAAUUCUACACUCUGUGUUGGCUAUCACCUCCCAAGAAGGGAGGCUUAAGACUCUGAACACAUGUGUGUCACAUAUAUGUGCUGUGCUCAUUUUCUAUGUGCCUAUGGUUAGCGUGUCCAUGGUGCAUCGAUUUGGGAAACAUGCCCCUGAGUAUGUGCACAGGUUCAUGUCUUUGAUCUAUCUCUUUGUGCCUCCAAUGCUUAACCCAAUUAUCUAUUCCAUCAAGACUAAGGAGAUUCGCAAGAGGUUGUGCAAGAUGUUGCUGGAACUUAAACUUUGA